AAAUGGAAAUUAACCGCUAAUUUAAGUCUGAUUUCAGAAAUUGAAGAUUUUGUCAUGUUACAAUAAAUUCUGGAAUCCACGACUCAGUCUCAGAAGAUUUUUCUGACAAUUGAGACUUUUUGGGAACCAGUCGGUUUAGGACCAUUUUUGUUUAAGCAAGGCCAAUGAUUGUUUUUGAUUGCAAAAUUGUGAAGCAUGAUGGAUGUAUGGGUGAGGAAAAAUGCCGAGAUGAUUGAGGGAUGGCCAAUUGAAUUUUUUAUGGUCAAUUGUGAUUGAAUCAAGAGAGUAUAAGAGUCCAAUUAGAGGAAAGGACUUGCAAAUUCGUGUGCCCCCUCUUCCCUAGCAUUUUGGACCGUUUUACAUGUCCAAGGAGGCAUGGGUGACCCGUUGUGAGCCAAGGGAUGAUACUUGGCCUAGGUUGAUUCUUGGGGAUAUUUUAUUGGAAAAUAAGGCCAUAUAGACUCCAUACUCUCACUCAUCUCUAUCAUCUCCCUCACUUUCUCUCACUCCACCGUCCACUCUACCCUCUCCCUCCUCCAAGCCGUGCGACCAGCCAAUAGGGAAGAAGAGCCACAGCCGCCAUGCCUGGAUGCUAGAUCGCCACCCCACCGUCACCGGUUUGCGAGCCACCGCUCGCACGCCACUCUGCCGCACGCUGUUGCCCCCUUGGCCGCUUCCGUCUCGUCCAGCAACUCUGUUUCUGGUCUAUGGAAGCUCAACCGGAGCUGCCUUUCGCCGUUUCUUUGCCGGUAAAGCUGCGCUAAGGCCCGGUUUGGUCUAUUCUUUCAUUCCCGAGCAAGUUCCGCCUAAACCGAGUGAUUUUUCUUCAAUUUCCAAUCAAGAGCAGCAAGUUUCAGAGUGGGUUUCCAGCCACCUCUUUGGCCCAUUUUGAAGUGCUUGUGGGCCUCGGUUCCUAGGCCUGCUUUGGAAGAAAGUAUUCCCCGUGCCGUUCCCAUCGGUUUGAUCCAACUCGCGUGUUAUUCCAGCCCGUAGAUGGCAACGCCUCCACCUCCGCAUCCUCCUAUGCAUUAUGGCAUUCCUGAAGCGAAUGCCGAAGUUGCGUACCACUUCCUGAUAGACCCCCACCCCAAAGGAUUAGAGUAUGUGUUGAUAGAGUCCAAGAUUUGGGUUGAUGUGGGUAGAGAUGACUUGGUGCCCCACGAGUAUCAAUCAUGGUAUCACCACUACCAUGAUGGGCGAAGAGAGUCCCAUUCUGGAAGGUGAUGUGCCUUUGUACGUCCUAGAGGCAGCAUUCGGACUGGGGACAGAAGACCCUAAGGAUGGGUCGGAAAUGAAUGCCAAGGAUCCCAAGCUUGAGGGCGAUGCUAAGUCACCAGUUUACUCAGCCGGGGGUGCUAACUGGAGUGAUGUAGAAGAAGGGGAGAUUGUCGAGCAGGAAGAGCUAGAGAAGGAGGAGCCAGAGGAGGAAGAAUCGGAAGAGGACGAAGAGCUUGAAGAGAAUGAGAUUGAUUUAGAAGAAUCAGAGGAUGAUCAGGAUGAUCUUGAGUACGACUCGGAUGAGGACUGAGAUCCCAUCCCGUUUUGUGUGAACCUUAUGUUCAUGUAGAUAGGUGUGAGAUCAUACCUUUGUGAAUAGUAUGGUAAAAUACUAUGGGUUGUGCUAUGUAUAAAAGUAAGGUUGUGAAUUUCAUUAUGAAAAAUAUGGCCCUACUUUUCUAUCUAA